AUGCGGACCUCGUCGCCAUGCCCAGGCUCUCGCUUCAAAACCCUCGGCCAGAAUGCGCUUCAGGACAAGGCUUGGACCAAUUUUCAGGACAGGCUGGCAGACAUUGCCCAUUGGUUCAGUGGUCUGCGGGUCGAGUCGACCGCUUUAGCGGUGGGGGUCGCGUGCUACCCGACUGUCUCCGAGGACGAGUUCAAGAAGUUCCAGUGCAUCCCCGAUGCCCGCAAGGCCCUCUGCCAGAUCCUCUCGGUCGACACGGACGACGAGAUCCAGGAUCGCAUGGACAAGCUGGUGCACACACUCUUCAGGACGCCCGCGGGGUCCACGGCGUCCUGGGCCGCCUGCAAGCCCGACGACGACGGCCUGGAGGCGGGGGACGGCUGCGACAGCCAGCCGUCCUCGCUGCUCAGCGCCUCCGUGCGGAGCAGGAACGCCGGGAGCACCUCGAGCCGGAUGGAGAAGGGCCUCGAGUUCGACGGCUUCGUGGAGCGG